AAAAAAAUGUCAAACCAACAAGGAAGUAAAAAGAACCAACAAGAAACAAUUCUUCCAACAACAGUUAACAGUACGAAGUUUCGAAAAACCUUCAAGAAUAAUUUACUUUCUUUGAAAAGAAUUAAAAAUGUUCAUCAUAUAAAAUAUUCUAAUGAAAACGAUUCGAAUAGUUUUGAAUUAUUUGGAAAUUCUAAAAAAUUAACUCAAUUCUCGGAAGAAUUAAUAGAAAAAUCCAUACAUUUAGAUAAUCAUGAUGACAAUAAUUUAAAUGUCAUGGAUCCAUCCUCCUCAGCUCAGACACCUGACAGUCAAUCAGUUUUAAUUCACAAAAGUCUUCGAUUUAAAAUAACAAUUAUUCUAAUCUUAUUAUUUCUCCUCUUGAUGGCAACUUGUUUAGCAAUUUUAUUGACAGCCUUUAAUAUUUCCUUUUUAAGUGUGGAAAAUUCAAUGGCCAUGGAAUCAGCCAAACGAACAAGUAGAACUUUAUUUGAUGAUUUUUACUUUCUAACAUCACGUCUAUUCGAAUAUGGUGCAUUCAAAGAUGCAAUUGAUGUUGUAACGAAUACGAAUUCUAAUGCAACUGUUUUGGCAAAUCAAUUUUUAAAUUAUUAUUUGCAUUGUCAAUAUCAAUUGACAAGUAGAGUUAAUUUUGCAUUGAUUUAUUAUAUGAAUGGAACUUAUUUGAGUGGAUUGGGAUGUUUUGAUGGAUAUAGACUAGAUAAGAUUCCAAAUGAUUUGAUAAAUCUUCAAGCUAGCUCAAUAGGAAGAGUUUUGAUGGAUGGUAUGUCAAAUCCAUCAACUAGAAAUGUUGGAUUUUAUUCACCUUCAGAGAGUUUAUUUGAUUUAAUUGUUUCGAAUAUAACAGUUUCAGGAUUGAAUCAAAAUUUCAACAUUACCACUCAGACUAAACUGUUAAAUUUAUUGCUAUUAUCUGCAAUGCCAAUUCAAGAUACAGAUUAUCAAAAGACUUAUGGAAUUAUGAUAUUUGGAAGAUAUCAAACUAGAGAAUUUUUUACUGACAUGUCAGACAGAAGUCAAUAUUGUUUAACACCAUAUAAUUUGAGGAGUAGUAGAGACAGAUAUUUAUUUGCCAAGUCUCUGUCAAGUGAUAAAUCAAAAACAGAGUUGACUAGUCAGCAGACUUCGAAAAUAAUUUCAGAAAAAACCUCAUCCUGGACUCAAACUUUAAUUGAGGGAGUUUCUUCACAGAGUUUGUGGUCGAAUAAUACUGGACAGUUUAUUCAACAAUUUUCUGUUGAUGAGAAUGAUCUCAAUCUACCAUUAUUCGAGAAUAGACUCUGUUCCAAUAAGGCCAUUCUAUACGGAAGUAAGAUUUCAAUAUUUCAAGAGUAUUAUGAUUUGAUUAGUGAUGGAUCGAUGGUUAUAAGAACAGAUUUUGAUAGAGAGGUCUAUACUCUUGGUAUUACAUCAUUUCUAAUUACUUGGUCUGUAAUGACAGUAAUGAUUAUUCUCCUCUCUAUUGGAUUAAUUAUAUUUUUGGAAAUUGUAGUGUUGAAAAGAUUGUUAAAAUUGACAAAUGCUGUAAGAAUUAUAACCAAUUCGACAAAUAUCAAGGAAAGAGUUCCAAAUGUUGGUUCUGAUGAAUUGGGAAUGCUAUGUGAAGAUGUCAAUAACAUGUUGGAUGCCCUCGAUGCCACCCAGACCAUUCUCAGUGAGGACAAUGAACUCAUGCAACGAUUAUUGGAAAAGACAUCACUAUCUGAGCAAAAAUCUAGAGUUAUCAUGAACUCUAUCGAUGAUUUCAUAUUCUCUGUCGAUUCAAAGACCGCCCAAAUUGUGAAUUUCAAUACAAUAUUUGAGAGUAGAAUUUUAAAGAAACAAUUCAAUUUGGUGAGCCAGUAUUUACAGAAAGCACCUCUGAUGGAUUCACAAAAUAAUGGUAGUGAUAUGGCGUUUCUAUACAAUUCCAUUGAAAAUCCAAAUCAUCUCAAUGAUGAAAUUCUGAAAUAUUUGGAAAAUAUGGCAGAGACCAAGUCUAGAUGGGACACCACCAUACUCUCCAAUCUUGGCUCAGAAAUUCCAGUGAGUGUAUCGACCAGUAAAGUGGAUAUCAUGUUGGACGAGGGAAAUAUUCAUCAGGUUUAUGUUAUUGUGGCCAGAAAUAUGAGUGAACAAGUGGAACUGAGACAAGCCGUGAAAGUUCAAGAGCAACGAAUGCAAGAUUUCAAGUUGGGUAUGGAAUUUGAAAGGGUAAUGAUGAAUUCGAACGGAAGAGAAAUGUUUAAGGAAUGUUCUGAAGAGAAUAUUCUCUUUUUGGAAGAUAUAUUACUAUACAAGUCGAUUAAGAAAACAUCAGAUAGAGCAAAGAAGCAAGCAGAGAUUCUCAACAAGUAUUUGUGUGAUAAUUCACCUUAUGCAAUCAACAUUUCUCAAAAAGUCAGAGAAAAGGAAGUUAAAAACAUUGCAGAAGGUUACGGACAAAUAGAUCUUUUCAUAAGCAUAGAAAAGGUUGUAAAAUCCAUGCUCUUAAAAGAUACAUUCCUUCGAUUUUCACUUCAAUAUGAUUUAUCCAAUGAUCAGACCUUACUGAGCUCUUGUCAUGACAAUUCAGAGUUAUCAAGUAGUAUUGAAUCAUCAUUGGAUUCUCCAUCCAUUCUUUCCUCAGCUUCUCUAAUUUCAUCAACGAGAGAGAUCAUCGGAUCGACUAGUCCUCCAAGAUUUCAUUCUCUAUGGAAGAAUGAUGAAUUACCACAAGUUGAUUCCAAUACCUCUUCAACUUGUUCUUCACCAGUAACAACCCCUAGAUCACAUCAUAAGCGCCUUAAUGCCAUUCAUGGAGGUUUAAUGAGCCCCACCUCACCAAAUACUUCUUCCUACCACCAUAAGAAUGACACUUUCAUACAAUCCUCUCCACCAAAGCAUUUUGAAAUCAACUCUAAAGAUAACUGUGGUCCUGAUCUUUCGCAUAGAAAAGAAAUGUUGAAAAAAGGAACCAGAAUUCCACUUUCUCUUUUGGCUUCAUUUGAUAAUUAUGAUAAUCUUAAAAGAAGACGAUCAUCAAGCUUGGCUGCAGAGGCUAAAAACAACAUUACAGAAUGUAAAACACCAAAAUCCAUUUCAAUGCCUUCUUCACCUUUCCAAAUUCACUCUGUGGAUUUUAAUUCCAUUGACCAUGCUGAAACAACAAGUCAUUAUUCCAUAACAGUUACCAAUAGCAAUUCAAUUCCAUCUUCCCCAUCAACACCACCAAGACCACAAUUUGCCAAGUCCUACUCUGCUUCCUUCCUUGACUUUAGAGUUAAUUCUCCUCCUGCACAUUGUAAAAAGAGACCAUCUGCAGUUAAGGUUGAAACACUUAGUCCAAACAGAACAAAACUGAAACCAGUCUUUGAAUCAAGUCUCAGUUCUCCAAACAUUUUUUGUAAAUCUCCAUCGUCAUUCCAAAGCAAUGUUAAAGCAUUUAAAAGCAAACUGAACGCCUCUCAAAACUCCCACGAGAGAGAUUUACUUCAAAUACAUGACUAUAAAUCGCCACUUUUUGUUUAA